AGCCGCCUACAUCAUUUAUCUUCUCUCACAUUUGCAAUAAAGCCAAUUCAGUGAAUUAGAUGGGCUGCUCAUUUUCAAAUUGGGCCCAUUUAGUUCGAGUAGGAUCCCGGAAACCUCUUCGCGGCAACGACGCCGUACUAGGAUAGUUUUCCCCCCGCCAUUUGAACCGCUUGAACCCUAAUCCCUUUCGGAACAAUCUGCAGCCUACUGCAGUAGCCGAUGGUCUAAGAAACUCUGGCUUCCACUUUCCCUUUUUCUUUAGAUACUAACAUUGAAGUUCAUGCUUCAAUUUUAGGCAUUUUUUUUUUCUACAAAAAAAGAGAGGAAAAUGUUGGAUGAAAGUAAAUUUGAUGUGCAUUUGAAACUGUGGGCACUUCGGAUCCCUCGUGAGCUUUGCAAGGUCGCCACUCGCAUACUAAAUGGAUAUUUGCUUGAUAAACCCCGCAUAAAACCGAUUACCGAAGACCCAACAUGCGAAAAAAACCGUUACAUGAUAUUAUCUGAGAGGGUCCAAGAUUCUGACCUAUCUAAUAUUCCUGAAAAAAAUCUCGAUGAACUAAAGGGUUUAUGCAAGAUUGAAGUGGUUCCAUAUUCGUUGACACUUGGAUACUCAUAUUGGGGUGCAGACCAUAUAUUGAAGCAGAUUCUGCCUCCUGGAGUGGAAGUUCCUUCAUCUUUUGAAACUAUAGGUCAUGUUGCCCACCUGAAUAUUCAUGACGAAUUACUCCCCUACAAGGAUGUCAUUGCAAAAGUUAUCUAUGAUAAAAAUUAUCCUAGAAUCAAGACAAUUGUUAAUAAAGUCGGAACGAUUGAAAAUGAGUUCCGUGUGCCAAAGUUUGAAGUUUUAGCAGGGGAAGAUGAUACGGUUACAGAAGUGAAACAAUAUGGAGCGACUUUCAAGCUUGAUUACAGCUUGGUCUAUUGGAAUUCAAGAUUGGAGCAUGAACAUAUAAGGUUGGUUUCUCAGUUUCAAGCUGGGGAAAUCAUAUGUGACAUGUUUGCUGGUAUUGGCCCUUUUGCUAUCCCUGCAGCACAGAAGGGAUGCAUAGUGUAUGCAAAUGACUUAAAUCCGGAUAGCAUCCAUUAUCUGAAGAUCAAUGCAGAAACAAACAAGGUUGAUAAUCGUGUUCGUGCAUACAAUAUUGAUGCAAGAAAAUUUAUUUCUCAAUUGAUGGAAGUGCCCAACAGCGAUGAAAAAUCAGAUUCUGAUAUCUCCAUGCUGAAAACUGGCGAGAAAUGUGACAUUCAGGGCAAUCAGGAACCAAAAUCUGAAAAUGGAAGGCUAGCUGUUGGGGUGAAAGAAGUACCAGAUACUGUUAUUAGUAAUCUGGACGCUUUACAAGCUUCCAGCAGGAAUGCUGAUUCAUCAGUACCUCCAGUUAAAAGACCUUCAGAUAGCUGUCAAUCAGAGAAUGAAGGUGUUGAUGGCACUAGUGCUUUUGUAGCUGAUAGGAGAAAAGGAAGCAAGACUAAGAGAAUGAGAGGCCCUGAGAUCUCCGAUGUUAAGACUUGGGAGCAUGUUGAUCAUGUGAUAAUGAAUCUACCUGCUUCUGCUCUUGAAUUUCUAGAUGCAUUUAGGGGUCUGAUCCAGAGAAAGUAUUGGACGGGAUCUCUUCCUUGGAUUCACUGCUAUUGCUUUAUAAGGGCCAAUGAAACGCAAGAAUCUAUUAUUUCAGUGGCAGAGUCCGGUUUGAAUGCCCAUAUAAAAGAUCCAAUAUUUCAUAGGGUUAGGGAUGUCGCUCCAAACAAGGCAAUGUUUUGCUUAAGCUUUAGGCUGCCAGAAGGGUGCCUUAUUUAAGAUGCCAGAGUCUCUCAUUCUGCUGAGGGAGAGGGAGUUGCGCGAAUGGGCCUCUUCCUUUUGAGAGCUAAGAAAGCCAAUCCCCUGCACUAUACGAGCAACUGCUGUCUGUUAAAGCACUUGAAACCUUCCAUUUUGCAAAAAAAUUCAUCGUUCUGUAAUUUUUGCAUACAAUCUGUACUGUAUUGGUUGAUCAGGGCAUAUCACCAAAAUCUGAUAUGUGAAAAGUCAGUAUGACAGUCGUAGCCUUCAUAUCUUUUGAUUAUAA